GUCGGUCUGGAAGUGUUUUAUUCCUGUCUGGAUGAGUCAGUGUGUCUGUUCUGGUCCUUUAAUCUGUAGCAGUAACACAUGAUCACUGCUGGAAUGACACACAGCUCAGUAACGAGCAGUCACGCUCUCACUGAACAGGAACCGGUGAGACAGGUGCAGAAGAUCUUCAUGAUGGAGGAAAGUGCUGUGAAUGAGUCAAAUGUGAAAGUGGCGGUCCGGGUGCGACCCAUGAACAGGAGAGAGCGAGAUUUAAAGACCAAAUGUGUUGUGGACAUGGAAGGAAAUCAGACCAUCCUGUAUCCGGCCAUUGGAAACCUGGGAAAGGGCGACAGCAGGAGCAAACCAAAGGUUUUCGCAUAUGAUUAUUGCUUCUGGUCUAUGGAUGAGGCUGAGGCAGCCAAAUUUGCAGGUCAGGAUGUGGUGUUUCAGUGUCUCGGAGAGAGUCUUUUGGACAGUGCUUUCCAAGGAUACAAUGCCUGUAUAUUUGCAUAUGGACAAACAGGCUCGGGAAAGUCGUACACGAUGAUGGGAGCGGCGGAGCAGCCGGGUCUGAUCCCGCGACUCUGCAGUUCUCUGUUCCAGCGCACCGUACAGGAGCAGAGGGAGGGCGAGAGCUUCACCGUGGAGGUGUCCUACAUGGAGAUCUACAACGAGAAGGUGCGAGACCUUCUGGAGCCCAAAGGGAGCCGGCAGGCGUUGAGGGUCCGGGAGCACAAGGUGUUGGGUCCGUAUGUAGACGGUCUGUCCCGCCUCGCUGUGACCAGCUACAAGGACAUCGAGUCUCUGAUGUCGGAGGGGAAUAAAUCCCGCACUGUGGCGGCCACGAACAUGAACGAGGAGAGCAGCCGCUCGCACGCCGUCUUCAACAUCAUUCUGACGCACACGCUCCGAGACCUGAAGACUGGGACGAGUGGAGAGAAGGUGAGUAAACUCAGUCUGGUGGAUCUGGCCGGCAGUGAGAGAGCUGAUAAAACUGGAGCUGGAGGAGAAAGACUCAAAGAAGGCAGCAACAUUAACAGGUCCCUCACGACUCUUGGACUGGUGAUUUCAGCCUUGGCCGAGCAGGGCGCGGGAAAAAACAAGAGUAAAUUUGUUCCUUACAGAGACUCAGUGCUCACGUGGUUACUGAAGGACAGUUUAGGAGGCAACAGUCGCACCGCUAUGGUAGCCACAGUGAGUCCAGCGGCCGACAACUAUGACGAGACUCUGUCUACACUACGGUACGCCGACCGGGCCAAAAGCAUCGUUAAUCACGCUGUGGUUAACGAAGAUCCAAACGCCAGAAUCAUCCGAGAGCUGAGAGAGGAGGUGGAGAAACUCCGCAGCCAGCUGACCGAGGCUGAGUCAAUGAAAGCUCCUGAGCUCAAAGAGAGACUGGAGGAGUCAGAGAAGCUGAUCCAGGAGAUGACCGUGAGCUGGGAGGAGAAACUCAGGAAGACUGAGGAGAUCGCACUGGAGCGACAGAAGCAGCUGGAGAGUUUGGGAAUUUCUCUGCAGUCGUCUGGGAUCAGAGUCAUUGAUGAUAAAUGCUUCCUGGUCAACCUGAACGCAGACCCCGCCCUCAGCGAGCUGCUCCUCUACUAUUUAAAGGAACACACUCGUGUGGGUUCUGCAGACUCUCAGGACAUUCAGUUGUGUGGUUUGGCAAUUCAACCGGAGCACUGUGUUAUAGACCUCAAACUAGAGAUGGGAAUCACACUCACCCCGAAGAGAAACGCUCGCACGUGUGUGAACGGCGCUGUGGUCUCGUCUCCCAUCCAGCUGCAUCAUGGGGAUCGAAUCCUCUGGGGAAACAACCACUUCUUCAGGAUCAGCGUGUCGAACGCGUAUCGUGUUGGUGUGGAGGAUGAGGAGGGGAGCGUGACGAAGGCUGGUCUUCACGCUGAACAUCUGGAUGUGGAUGUAGAUCGUCUCAGUCACGCCUCCAGUGACAACAGCUUCAGUUUUGAGUCGGCACAGACCGAAGUCAUGAUGAAAGCGCUGGGAAACAACGAGCCGCUGCAGUCGGUGCUUCACUCUCUGGAGCGCAGGCAUGAGGAGGAGAAGCGCUCGGCUCUGGAGCGCCAGCGGCUGAUGUACGAGCAGGAGCUGCAGCAGCUGCGCAGACGUCUGUCCACAGAGCUGCAGACGCAGCACCAGCGCAGCAGCGAGCAGCUCAGCGCCAGCCUGCUCUCCUCUCAGAGCACACUGCGCCAGUCGAGUGACGAGAGAGAGGUUCUGAUGAAUCGAAGUCUGCGUAAGCUGAAAGAGCAGAUCGUGAAGGCCAAUCUGCUGGUUCAGGAGGCUGGCUUCAUCUCUGAAGAGCUCAACAAGAAAACCGAGUAUAAAGUCACACUGCAGAUCCCGGCUGCCAACCUCAACGCCAACCGCAAGCGGGACACGGUUCUGAGCGAGCCGGCGGUGGAGGUGAGGAGGAAGAGCAAAGGCAAGCAGAUCUGGUCCAUGGAGAAGAUGGAGAACCGGCUGCUGGACAUGAGAGAGCUCUACCAGGAGUGGAAAGACUAUGACGAGGACGAUCCUGCCAUGCGCUCCUACUUCAAGCGCGCUGAUCCGUUCUUCGACGAGCAGGAGAACCACAGUCUGAUCGGUGUGGCCAACAUCUUCCUGUCCUGUCUGCUGUAUGACGUCAAGCUGCAGUACGCAGUUCCCAUCAUCAACCAGAAGGGGGAGGUGGCGGGUCGGCUUCACGUAGAAGUGGAGCGUCUGAGCGGAGAACUAGAGGAGCGUGAGACGGGAGGCUCUGAGAUCAGUCCAGACAGCGAGACGCAAGAACGCAAACUCACCUGCAUGAUCAAGGUGUUGCAGGCGACAGGGUUGCCUCAGCACCUCUCCAACUUUGUUUUCUGUCAGUAUCAUUUCUGGGAGCAGCAGGAACCCGUGUUUAUCGCUCCGGAAGUGGGUCUGACGGCCCCCAGCAGCAGAGAGCCGCAGAGUCUGGUGAUGUUUGACAACUGCAAGACUCUAGAAGUGGCCGUGACUGAAGACUUUGUGGAGUUUGUGAUGGAGGGCGCCGUGGCGGUUGAGGUUUAUGGUCACAAACAGGCGAAUCCACGCAGGAAUCUGGCUCUCUGGGACCUGGGGGUGAUUCAGGCAAAGACUCGCUCUCUCAGAGAGAGGUGGAGUGAAGUGACCCGCAGGCUGGAGCUCUGGGUUCAGAUCCUGGAGCUGAAUGAUGCUGGAGAGUUUGUGCCGGUGGAGGUUCAGUCAGCUAAGGACGUCUGCACAGGAGGAAUCUUUCAGCUCAAACAGGUCUGUACAGGGUCAGUCCAGGCGUGUUGUGGGUGUGUCCAGGACUCCGGCACCAUGCCUCUGAUGUGAUAGUCUGUGCUCAGUGUCUCCAUCGGCAAUGUGGAGGUCCAUCAGGUGGGAGAUAAAGAUGUGGACAGUUAUCAGGAGGUUGAUCUGGAGAGACUGAGAGCUCGGUGGCUCACAGCUUUAACUGAACGACAGGAGUAUCUGGACCAACAUCUUCAGAGACUUGUUGGCAAGCACGAUAAGUCAGAGGAGGAUGUGGAGAGCGAGUCGCAGCUGCUGGAGUGUCGUCUGACGCUAACGGAGGAGAGGAACGCUGUGCUGGUGCCCUCUGCUGGCAGCAGUAUCCCAGGAGCCCCAGCGGAGUGGGCUCCUGUGCCGGGAAUGGAGACGCACAUCCCAGUCAUCUUCCUGGACCUCAGCGCUGAUGACUUCCACGAUCAUCUGUCCGCUCCUCUAGCUGGAGGUCUGGAUGCUGCGCUCGACAGAGAAGAUAAAGAUGAUUUCAUGGACUUACAGAUAGUCAGAUACUACGAUAAUGAGGUGAAGGCAGAGGCAUCAUGGGACUGCACCGUUCAUGACAGUCCUGAGCUGAAUCGAGCGACGGGGCCGGAUCACAGGAUUUACCUCACCGUCCGCACCAUGGUUCUGCUCAGUCAUCCCGCACAAAUGCAGCUGGUGCUACGCAAGCGCAUCUGUGUGAGCCUCACCGGACGACAGGGUUUUGCUCAAAGUCUGCUGAGGAGAAUGUCUCAACGCAGCUCAGUUCACGGCUGUGGAGUCACGUUUGAGAUCGUCUCCAAUAUCCCAGGGGACAUUCAGAGCUCUGAGGACAGAGAGAUGCUCGCCCGGCUGGCUGCCAGCACCGACAACCCAGGAGCCGACAGUGAAGCCGCCAUCCAGAAAUACCUGCGGAGUGUGUUAGCGGUGGACAACAUCCUCACGCUGGACCGUCUCAGACAGGAGGUUUCGGUGAGGGAACGUCUAUCAGAUAAAGGAAAGAUUUCCAAACGCGGCCUCAGUUCACCAAAUGUACACCGGCUUUCUGGCAGCGGGAAAGAUCUGUCAUCCAGCCAAGACUCAGAAGACAAUAAAGGUGGUUGGGACAGUCGGCAGGAGAUUUCUGUGCUAACAUCAGCCACGAAGAGCCCUUCUCACUCAGCGUCUGUACAAAAUCAGAACGCAGAGCCAGGUCUCUCAGGAUUUGCUGCAUCUUAUUUCUCCCCAGUGAAAGCUCUAGUGUCUCCAGUACCCAAGAUGUUCAAGACUCUGUUGUCCAAGAAUGAGGAGAAGAAAGAGACGAGUCCUCCUGCUGCCUUUGAGCAGAAUGUGCCACGUAUUGUUGUUCAGUCUGUCAGUCUUGAAGACAUCAACAGCUAUGAACUGACUCCACAGGCUCUUUCAAAAGACCGUACUCAAGACAGCCAAUCAGAAUCUGCUUCCUUUCUGCCCAUAUUUCCGGUUAUUCCUGAUAAAGUAGAGACCACUGAAGCAUCCACCAUAUCCUCAGAAACCACGUCUGACAUCAAGAUGAGCCGUGCUAUGGAAACUCCAAUUUCAGAGAAUUCCGAGAAUAAGGAGAUUCUGUUGCCUCAUCUUCCACAAGAAGUUAAAGAAGUUCCACCUCUUUCUGUUCCUCCAGUGGCUGAGGAAGUUCUACCAUCUAAUCUUACUCCAGAAGUUGAGGUUCCACCUCCUAAUCGAUCUUCAGAGGUUAAGGAUGUUCUACAUCCAUCUGUUCCUCAAGUGAGUGAGGAAGUUCUACCAUCUAAUCUUACUCCAGAAGUUGAGGAGGUUAUAUCUCCAUCUGUUCCUCCAGUGGUUGAUGAAGUUCUAGCUCCUAAUAUUUCGCCAGAGACUGAGGAAGAUCUUUUUCCGUCUGUUUCUGCAGAAGUCAGAAAGAUUCCACCUCUUUCUGCUUCUUCAGGAGUCAAAGAGUCUCUACUUCCCAUGUUUCCAUCCGAGAAUAACAAGGUUCCACCUCCUGCUUCUGUAGAGGUUGAAUACCCCAAGCAAAGCCCAGUUGGUGAAUCAACAAACAGCUCCAUCAGCGACGUCUCAAGUGGAUACAUCUCCACAAGUGUCUCCACAGCGACUCUCUCGGAGUGUGCGGUCUCGAAUCUUGACCCUCCUCUCCUUGACAGCACAAAGGCCAAAAUAGACUCUACUUCCAAAACAACUGAACCAAACACAGAGUUUGUGCCAACAAGCAGCACAUCCCCAGAGCAUCAGUCAAAACUUGAACCAGCUGACCUAGAACUUGGAAGACAGGCACCUACAGAACCGCAGACUUCAGAAGAACAUGGUCAAGUGUCUCCUCUUGAUACAUCUCCUCAAAAACUCCUAAGUGUUUCUGAUUCCUUACCUCAAGAAACCUCUGAAGCCAACAUCUCUUCAUCUUGUUCAGCCGCAUCAGUACCAUCUACACCUCUGGCACCACCAGCUGCCUCGAAAGCAACUAAACCAUCAGUUCCAGUCAAGACAGCUAAGCCAGCAACGGCUGACCAGCAAUCAAGACCUGAACAAAACGUCAAACCCACUCCUGCUCCCACCUCCAACCCUUUCCAAAUCCACAGAGUCAAAUCCUCCGGCCUUAAGUCAUUCAAAGUGAUCUUGCAUGAAGAAGUCGAAGAGAGCAAAACUAAACUCAGUAACUCUUUAUCUUCACUGAGUGAGUCUCAAGAAAGACUGGAGAUGCUUUCAGAUUCAGAGGAAAGCCUUGAGAUUCCCGACUGGCUGAAAGAGGAUGAAUAUGUGUCUGUGGGCACAAAUAAAACUGGAACAGUCCGUUAUGUUGGACCGACUGACUUUGCAAAGGGCGUUUGGGUUGGAGUGGAACUUGAUGUUCCAGCAGGUAAAAACGAUGGUUCGGUUGGCGGUCGCCAUUACUUCCACUGCAACCCCGGUUACGGCGUUCUCGUGAGACCAAAUCGGGUCACGAAAGCGGAAGGUACCGCUAAACGGUCAAGGCAGAAACGCAAGCAGAACCUUUCAGGAUCUAGUCCCAACCUGGCAGCCCUUACAGCGAUGGCCAAAGGAGAAGCUGGAGCACGCAAGGGUGAAAACAGGAAGUCUUGGGUUAGCUGAGGACAAUGCAUCCUUGUUGAUGGAUGUGUCUGGAGGACAGUAUUGGUAUGGCGCGGAAACACUACACUGAUACUGGCAGGGAUCUAACUGUCAUCUGAUUUACUAAUGCAUAUUUGCACUACAUAGUGCCUAGUGUUCGAAAAACCUAUGUUUCAAGGCACAUUUUAAGCCUCAGUAAGCAGUAUUUUUGGUAUUAUUCUUUUUAAAAAUGUUUUUAAUAUCACAAAGUGCCCUGUUAUCUGAAGCCAAUGUCAAGGAGCAUGUGGAUGUUCUCUAAAAAAAAAAUCAAGGAUUCACUUGAGUGCUUCAUUUCAUGAUUUUACAUACAGUAGGAAGCUGGGAUGGGUUUUACUUGUGGAGAUUGAAAGUGCCACACAGUUUUAUUCAUAAAUGAAUAAUUUUAGUGUUAUUAUGGUGAGUUAGUUCUGUAUUUUCUGUUGGUUUGGUACCUUUGUAUUGUUUUUUUUUUCUUCUGCUGCUUCUUGAAUGAGUAAUUUAUGAUCAAAUUAUUUGUUUAUUUAUUUUGCAGAUCAAACUAAUGACAAAAAAUAAUGUUGAAGAUUUUAUAUUGCAAUGGUGAGCGUAAUAAACUUUAUUUUAUCA